AUGGCCACAAACACAGUCGCAGAAUCCGCCACAACUUCCAUCAUGGAUCCGUCACGCCAAGGAAAUGCUAUGGCGAUGUCUUCCUUGGGCCAAAGUCCACUCAACACAACUGAAGAUACAAUAAAUGGGUACACUACAGCUUGGGGUGUCGUGCAAGCUGCCAUCGUGCAGUCGCCUCGACUGCAUACUAACAUUCGAACCAUUACAUUUGUUGGGAGUUUGUACAUGGCAUGCACGGUCGCGUUCGGCUUGAUAUCAGUCAGAUUGUCGAGAGAAUAUGGUAUCCGGAUCACCAGCCUCGUAGCGACAAUCUUCUUCGGGUCAGGUUUGAUCAUCACGAGUUUCACUCUUGAGCAUCUCGCGGGUCUUUUCUGCAUUGCCGGACUACUCGUGGGGUUGUCAACAUCGCUGCUCUUCACGGCGACAAACACGAUGCCUACGCAAUGGUUUAGUCGAAAACUCGGUACAGCCAAUGGGAUCGUCAAAGCUGGAGGGGGUGUCGGCGCAACUGUGCUUCCUUUGGCAACGCAAGCCAUGAUCGAUAAGGUUGGACUUCAGUGGACGUUUCGAAUCCUUGGUGCUUCGAUUCUUGUGACAGGAAUUCCGUGUGCCUUUCUUCUCAAAGAACUUAGGCGUGGCGGAACGACAUCGAGAUUUGACUGGUCACAGCUGAAGAGCAUGCCUUUCCUGACUCUCACCAUGUCAGGUGCUGUCGGAGUUUUCGCUCUCCUUGUGCCACCAUUCUUCUUGCCCGUCUUUGCAAGAUCAAUCGGCCUCUCGGCUUCGACAGGCGCCGGCCUUGUCGCAGGCUUCGGUGCAUCCACAGCCGUUGGUCGUCUCUUCGGAGGCUGGAUCUGCGACCGCAUGGGUGCUUUCAACUCUCUGGCCCUUGCAGCUCUUAUCAACAGCGUGUCCAUGCUAGCAAUCUGGCCUGUGAGUUCAUCACUUCCGCCACUCUUCGCCUUCGCCAUCAUCAACGGGUGCGCGAACGGAAGCUUCUUCGUUGCACUGCCGACAGCUGUAGCUGCACUCGCGCCUGGAUCAGCUGCUGCGUCUAUUAGCCUGAUGACGUCAUUCUGGACACCGGGAUACCUGAUGGGCGCGCCUUUGGCGGGCAUUUUGAUUGAUGCCGCGGGCGCGUCGGAGGCUUCGUCCAUUGAGCCGUAUAGAGCAGCUAUCUUUUAUGCGGCUGGUGUUGGGUCUGCUGCGACGUUUUUGAUUGUUAUAUCAAGGCUUAUGUUGAGUAAGAAGUUGAUCAAGAGGUUGUAG